CCAUAUCCGGGAAACCCUCCGCGGCGGAGACACCGACAAAAUGGCGGCGCCGAACUGAGAGGCCCGUGGCGGCGGCGGCGGAAGCUGGCGGAGGGACCGAGGAGCCGCUGCCGGCAUCGCGGAGGGCCGCGGCGGUCGUCGUCGUCGCUGCCGCGCGGGCGGGGCCGAACUCCGUGCGCCCACGCCCGGGCUCGGGGCGCUGCCGCCGCCGCCACCGCCGCCGCCUUCUCGCCGCCGGAUAGCAGUUUUGGCUUGUGACAAACUCCAGCACUACAGGACCCAUGGUUUCACAGUGAAGAGCCACUGCUUUCACAAGUUCUGAAACUACCAGUGAGUCUUCCUUGAAUUGUGGUGUCUGCGAGUCCUUGGUGGAGGUUGCAUAUAUACAUGUUUUCAUGAAGAGAAGUGAGAAGCCAGAAGGUUAUAGACAGAUGAGGCCUAAGACUUUUCCUGCCAGUAACUAUACUGGCAGCAGCCAGCAGAUGCUACAGGAAAUACGAGAGAGCCUCAGGAAUUUACCUAAACCCUCAGAUGCUGCUAAAGCUGAUCACAGCAUGGGCAAAAUGUUAUCUGAAGAUCCUAGACAAGGCCGAAAUCCCCCCAAAUUUGUAACAUAUCAUAAAGUUUUGCAGGAGAUAAGAAACUCACUUCUGCCUUUUGCAAACGAAACAACCUCAGCUGUCAAAGGAACAUCAGAAGUUAAUCGACAAAUGCUGCAAGACUUACAAGCUGCUGGCUUUGAUGAGGAUAUGGUUAUACAAGCUCUUAGACAAACUAACAACCGUAGUAUAGAAGCUGCCAUUGAAUUUAUAAGUAAAAUGAGCUACCAGGAUCCUCGUCGGGAACAGAUGGUUGCAGCAGCAGCAAGACCUGUAAAUGCAGGUAUGAAACCACCAGCAGGGACUGUACAGCAAUCAGUUAACCGCAAGCAGAGCUGGAAGGGUUCUAAGGAGUCCUUGGUUCCUCAGAGGCAUGGCCCUUCCCUGGGAGAUGGUGUAGUUUAUCGCUCAGAAAGUCCCAGCGCUCAGCCUGAUGUAGGAAGGCCAUUAUCUGGAUCUGGCAUUGCAGCAUUUGCUCAGGCUCAUCCUGGUAACGGACAAAGAGUGAAUCCUCCGCCUCUACCACAGAUAAGGAGUGUGACUCCUCCUCCUCCACCACCUCGAGGACAGACACCUCCUCCAAGGGGAACUACUCCUCCACCUCCUUCCUGGGAACCAAACUCUCAAACAAAGCGUUACUCUGGAAACAUGGAAUAUGUGAUCUCUCGUAUUUCUCCAGUGCCACCAGGAGCAUGGCAGGAUGGUUAUCCACCUCCGCCUAUGAAUCCCCCACCGAUAAAUUCUUCCACGCAGGCUCAGAGAGGCAUGAGUGCUGUCCCCAUUGGCAGGCAACCAAUAAUCAUGCAGAGUUCUGCCAACAGCAAAUUUAGUUUUCCCUCAGGAAGAGCUGGGAUGCAAAACGGCAAUUGUCAGGCAGAAUUCAUCGUUCACCAGAAUGUGGUGUCUGGGAACUCAGUGAGUCGCCAGCCGCCCCCAUACCCCAUGAAUCCAACUAACAGGCAAAGCCCCACAGCACUACAGAUGCAGGCAGGAGGAUCUGCUCCUCCUUCAGCAUACACCAAUGGGAAUCUUCCUCAGGCAAUGAUGGUGCCAAAUAGAAACAGUCACAACAUGGAACUUUAUAAUACAAAUGUAGCUGGAAUACCUGCGUCCUGGUCACAGCCUUCCCCUGUGCAACCGCAGUCAUCACCUGGCAAUGGGCAUGACAUGCCUACAUGGCAACCCAACGUUCCUGUACGGUCAAAUUCUUUCAACAGCCAUCAUGGAAAUAGGCAGAGUCACUCGAGCAGCUCUCAGCCUUCAGCUACAACAGUAACAGCUAUAACGCCAGCUCCCAUUCAGCAACCAGUAAAAAGCAUGCGUGUGUUAAAACCAGAGCUACAGACUGCCUUGGCGCCCACUCACCCUUCCUGGAUGCCACAGCCAGUGCAAACUGUUCAGACCAUUCCCUUCACUGAGAGUCCAUCUACAAAUAUGGCAGUUAUGUCUCCUGUUGCAGAGGCUCCGAAUUACCAGGGUCCCCCACCACCUUAUCCAAAACACUUGUUACACCAGAGUCCCUCUGUCAAUCUGUAUGAGACAGGACCCAAGCUCAACAAGGAGGAACCACCUAUUUUAUCUAAGGAGGAUGAGAAUGAAAAGAAUUAUGAAUGUGUUGAUUCAACAGAUAAAGAAAAGAAACAAAUUACAACAUCACCUGUUCCUGUUAGAAAAAACAAGAAAGAUGAAGAAAGAAGAGAGUCUCGCAUUCAAAGCUAUUCCCCUCAAGCCUUUAAAUUCUUCAUGGAGCAGCAUGUGGAGAAUAUACUCAAGUCACAUCAGCAGCGUUUGCAUCGGAAAAAACAACUAGAGAAUGAAAUGAUGCGGGUUGGAUUGUCACCAGAAGCCCGAGAUCAAAUGAGGAAAAUGUUGUGCCAGAAGGAGUCUAAUUAUAUUCGGCUAAGAAGAGCUAAAAUGGACAAGUCGAUGUUUGUAAAAAUUAAAACCCUGGGAGUUGGUGCAUUUGGAGAAGUUUGCCUAGCAAGAAAAGUGGAUACUAAUGCCUUAUAUGCAACAAAAACUCUGAGGAAAAAAGAUGUCUUGCUUAGAAAUCAGGUUGCUCAUGUUAAAGCUGAGCGGGAUAUCCUUGCAGAAGCUGACAAUGAAUGGGUGGUUCGCCUGUACUAUUCAUUCCAAGAUAAGGACAAUUUGUACUUUGUAAUGGACUACAUUCCAGGAGGUGAUAUGAUGAGUCUCCUAAUUAGAAUGGGUGUCUUUCCAGAAAAUCUGGCACGGUUCUACACAGCAGAACUGACCUGUGCAGUUGAAAGUGUUCAUAAAAUGGGCUUCAUCCACAGAGAUAUUAAACCUGAUAAUAUCUUGAUAGACCGCGAUGGUCAUAUUAAAUUGACUGACUUCGGGCUCUGUACAGGUUUUCGAUGGACCCACGAUUCAAAAUACUACCAGAGUGGUGAUCAUGCACGUCAAGACAGUAUGGAUUUCAGCAAUGAGUGGGGUGACCCAGCGAAUUGCAGGUGUGGAGAUCGGCUGAAGCCACUUGAACGAAGGGCUGCACGUCAGCAUCAGCGCUGUCUGGCCCAUUCCCUUGUUGGCACACCCAAUUAUAUUGCGCCAGAAGUAUUGUUACGAACAGGUUACACACAGUUGUGUGACUGGUGGAGUGUUGGAGUAAUUCUCUUUGAAAUGUUAGUGGGGCAGCCUCCAUUCCUGGCACAAACACCGCUGGAAACACAAAUGAAGGUUAUCAACUGGCAAACUGCACUUCAUAUUCCACCUCAAGCUAAACUGACUCCAGAGGCCUCUGACCUUAUUAUAAAACUCUGCCGAGGGCCAGAAGAUCGUUUAGGCAAAAAUGGUGCAGAUGAAAUAAAAGCUCAUCCAUUUUUUAAAACAAUUGAUUUUUCAAGCGAUCUACGGCGGCAGUCUGCUUUCUACAUUCCCAAAAUUGCUCAUCCUACGGACACGUCAAACUUUGAUCCAGUUGAUCCAGAUAAAUUGUGGAGUGAUGAUGAUAAGGAAGGCAAUAGAAAUGAUACACUUAAUGGGUGGUACAAAAAUGGAAAACAUCCUGAACAUGCUUUUUAUGAAUUCACCUUCCGAAGGUUUUUUGAUGACAAUGGCUACCCAUAUAACAAUCCAAAGCCCAUUGAGUAUGAGUAUGGUAGCUCCCAAAACUCUGAACGGCAGUCAGAUGAUGAUGAUGAUGAUGAUGAACAGGCAGGUAGAGGAGUUCAAAAUCGUGACCUGGUUUAUGUUUAGUAGAGGAAUAAAGGUUAAAAACUAAAUAAACUUAUUUUGCAGCUGCAGUUUUUGAAAAGUCUCUUAAGAGAAUUGAGGGAAGAUUGCCAGGGUAAAUACAUGAAAGCUUUUUUUUUUUUUUUUUUUUAAACACUAAGAAAAUUAUGUCUUCUCUUUCCCUCUCUGUACAUUUUGUUUCCCCAGAAUAGAGGGAAAUCGUUCUCAAAUAUUAAUUUAUUCCAGCGUUGUUAAUUGUUUCAUUUAGAAGAGAUUUGAUGUUAGGUGAAAAAAAAUAUCACUUGAAUUUUAUUAUUGGUUCUCUGUACUCUAAGUACUCAAAAUAGGAAAUAGUGGUUUGUUUGUUUGUUUGUUUUUCUAGGAUGAUCCCUGGUAUCAAUUUGUACAUAUAGUGAAUAAUUUUAGAAAACAAAUCUCUGCUUCAGAAUUUUUAAUGACAGUUUUUCCUUACAUUGACCAAAUAUAAAACCUACUUUACACUAAUAAAGCUCUCUGAUACAUUUCGUGGGGGGGAAGGCUGCUGUACCCUCACUUCUUACUGUAUUUAGCCUAAUUAUUCACAGUGUUGGAAAAACUGAGCCAUCUAUCUGGUGAAAUGUUUCCAGCUCUUGUGGUAGUGGCAUAGUUCUCAGCUUUGGAACAAGAAAGGUCAGUCUUGGCUGUAGUAUAAUAAAGCAUUAGAACUAGUAUUUUAUUAAAUAGUAAUUGAAUUUGACAUAGUAAUGCUGUAGCAUGUGACUGGUACUCCCAAAGCAGGACUGCCCACUCAGAAACAACUUGAUUGUCUCCUGUCAUCAGUUCUCAUAUAGUUAUGAGAAGAAAAGAAGCUUUAGGAAAAACACUUCCUGAAAUCUAGUUUAAUUUUCUGACUGCAACCAAACUGUAAAGUGUGUACAGUUCUGCUUUAGUUGGAAUUUUUAGUUUGAAAAAUAAAUUUUAGAAGUUUCUUUAUUAUAUGUUUGAGAUAGUAAUGGGAAAAGACUAUAAAUUACAGCUUUUGAGACUGUUGUUGUGGAGACCAGUUUCACUUGGCUUUAACAAUUUUCCUCCUAGUUACACAGACAGUGAGGAGAAAUGACGUGCACCAGUCCAUCUGAGCCAUCAGUGCACUUUCAGUGGUCCGUCUUUCACAGUCCAAUUCAGAACAGAAUUAGGAACUUACAGCUGUGUCUGCUGCCUUCUGCAUUACUGUUUUCAUAAUUUCUCGCAGCAGGUGAGCAGGCAUCCCCGUGGGUCUCAUGGUGGGAGGGUACUGAGCCUGUUGAGGUUAUUGGGAGCAGAGAGGGGGGGCAGCCGUCUAAGCAGCUUCCCUGAGACAAGGCCAGGAGUUACAGGUGAGAGGCAGAAAGAAUUACGUUUUUAUCUCUCUCCUCCUUUCUCCUGAACCUAACACAGUGAUAAAGAAAAUGCACUAUUUUUAGUGAACAACUUGUAUUUUAAAACAUUUCCUCCUCCUUGGAAUUGAAUUCCAGUGGAUAAUCUAAUAAUAAUAAUGUGCCUGUAAGCAUUACUGCUUUCUUAAAUUAUUAUUUAUGCCAUUGCACUGGCAUUGUGACUAUCUAAAUGUCAUGAAAUUGGUGUUCAUAGCUGUUCUUGCAGCAAACACCAGUUACUAGUUUACUUUUCUCACCAAGGUGGCUUAAGAAAUUCUUGUGCGCUUCCGGCCAUUCAUUCCCUUUCUGUGCUCCAGUUCAGUGUCUCUGUGCCAGUGCAACUGUCUGUAGUACUGUGCUAAAUACUGGAUCAGUGAAAAAGCUGCUUGGUGUUUAGCAUUUGGAGGUUUCUUUCUUGUAAGUGUGUUCAUUUGAGUGAUCCUGUUUCCAGUGUGGUCCAAAAAAUUACUUAUAUUGGCAUAACUGAGGAAGGAGUGAACUGCGUAAAGAAGGUUGGCAGCGGGGAGACUUCUUAAACUGACUUGGACACAGGAGAAAACACUUGUGGAAGUUCUACCCUCUACUGUGAAGUGCUUAUCAUGGUUAGAAAAUGGUUAUGAAAAAUUGUUUUCUUUUCUCAAGCAGGUAGUUAGUUACUUUCUAUAAUGAAAAUGGGCUUGUAGCUUAAUAAAACAAUUCAUGUUGUCUGCUUGUUCCACAGCUGUUGAAAUAGAUUAGUUUUUAAGAUUCAUUUCAUUUAGCUUAAAUAUUAUAAAAUGGCUGCAGUGUGUAACUACUCCAUUUUAUAUAUUAUGUAAAAAAGAUUGUUUUCCAUGUAAAUAAACUUUAAAGAUUAUCCUCCGUCAUAGUAAGUAUCCCAGUAAAACUGGUCUACUUGUCUUGGAGUAAAGUAUAAUAUAUUACUGGUUAAAGGUAAUUUAAUCAAGCCUGCCUUACCAUUUGUGAAGCGUGCAGAGAAAAUAAUGUCAAUUCUUCAUUAAAUUGACUGUUUAAAUUGCCUUUUUUAUCUGAAUAUAUUUCUCCUCUGCCUGCAUUGUAUUAUGGUAUAUUCCUGUUUAACACUAUAACUUGUCUUUAGCCAAUGUGUUUUGAG